AGACGGGUAGUCAAAUCGUUUCGGGCGGGGAAUCGAUACAGCUCACCGUCGCAGUGGUGGGAGCUGCAGAAGAUUCGCCGUCGUUAUUUGGACGUCAGGCUGGAUAUGCACGACAUUCUGUUCUCCGUGUGAGCGUUUGAUCGAGAAUCAGCUGCGCUGCGGACACUCGCUUCAGCCCUACGAUUGCUGCGUAUGGGGCUGUAUGCUAGGCGCAAGCAAGAUUUUCGGUUACCGAAUUGAGAAUCGAAAAUCCAUGGCUCAAAUCAGAUCCAUAAUAUCGAAGGACAUACCAAUCAUACUGUAGGAGUCCACACCUUGCCUGAUCGAGCUGCACAAGGUGCCAAGAUGUUGGGUGUGAGAAGUUUUCACGAGAGUUUCUAUGGGACUCCGAAACCAGCAGAGACGGGUCGUAGGGGGAAGAAGUGGCAGCCGAAAGUCAAGGAAGAACCAGAAAAUGAAAUUGCUGUUGUCGGUGUCCACUAUCGAUCAUUUGACGACGAUUCAAUGGCCGCUUUCGUAAAUUCGCCAGCGGCUCAGGUUCCUUGGAACGGUGAUGAAACUUUGCUGAUUGAUCGUUACGACGUCCGUCAUCUGCUUCAAGAUUUAAGUGGCAGUCGGCGCCGUCGUCGGCCUGCAUCCCCGAGCCUGGAUGCGUCGAAGGAAGAACUCGACUAUGAGCGAUACAGGGAUCUGGAGGGUCUGGAAAAUCCUAGUCCUGUUCCCGAGGAUGACGAGAAUGCAUUUGUGGACAAACCUGGCGGUCUGUACCAGAGGGUUGCUUUUAAUUACCGCAGUGGGGGCGAUCAGUCGGCUCAAGGAGAAAGUGGAGAUAGGAGUACUGAAGACAUUGCGUUUAUACCGCCAUUUGUUGUUCCAGGGCACUUGCAGUCAAAACUCGUUUGCUGCCGAAGAUGGGACCAGUUUGUGGUGCCCUUUUGAGGGCUCCUUGCUUGAAGCUGAUGUUCGUGGCAAUGUGCAGCCCUCAUCUUUGAAGGUGCAUCAAAUAAUGGCAGGAACUGCAAAAUUUGUGAUCGAACAUGGUGGGCAGGCGGAGAUUGUUCUUCGAGUAAAGCAGGCCUCGAAUCCUACGUUCGGCUUCUUGAUGCCAGACCAUCACCAUCAUGAGUACUUCCGCUUUUUGGUUGAUAAUCCCCAGCAUGUGGGGAUUGGACUCAAUGCCGAACCAAUAGCUGCAGUUGAGGUACUCAGCGAAGAAGCUGAGGGGGGUUUGUCGUUGCUAGGAACUGCGUAUGGUGAUUCUGAAGAUGACGAGGCUGAUGUAGCUACGGAAGUUGUACGCGACCAACGGGAAUCUGAAGAAGGUGAUAUUGAUUCGAAAGGAGCGGAUGUUUCUCAGGACCGAAGUGAAGAAAGCGAACACGUUAGCCAUGGAAACUCAUCCCCUGCUGAGGUAUCAGAAAAGGACUCGGGAGAUUCCAAUGAUCCAACCAAGGCUGUUGAAGCGCCUGGAAUUCAGACUGACGAUCUUGCUGUUAUUCCGGGAGAGGAGAAGGGAGAAAUUGGAAAAGGGGAAGUUGGGCCUGGUUUGCCUGAACCACUUCCUCCAGGAACAGAAACACUUGAUCCCAUGGAAGUCGAAUAUGAGAAAUGCAAUGGUGGGUCUGGAUAUCCCGAAGAGGAUCUCCCCCCCUACAAAGAGCCACCUUUGCAGCAACGUCGGAUAAUUGAUAAGAUGGUGGAAUUUAUUUCUCGAAAUGGAAAGGAAUUCGAAGCGAUUGUUAGGGAGCGAGAUAAGAAGGAUGCUCGUUUCCAGUUUCUUUUACCUUGGAACGAGUAUUAUCCUUAUUUCUCCCGCUCGUUGGAAGCUGCACAGCAGGCCAAUGGAUCAUCUGAACCUCCGCCUGAAGGCCGACCACCGACCGACGAGUCUACCGGGUCUUUUGCGACUGGAGGCUCUGUAGAAGAUGCACUAGUGAAGGAUCAUUUUCUGAAGGGUGUGCCUUUCUGGGACGAGUCUGCCGUGCUGGAUAUCUCUAGUAAUGUAGACGUGGUAGACCCUGAGACCGAGGAGAAAAAUCUCGAAAUUUCUCAUAAUGGGAUAGGAGGGAUGGGUUUCGACGCUGUUAUGGCAGCCGUGCGUGCUGCAACUCGUGGUCUUUCUCGAGCUGUUGAAGAUGGUGAGCUUGGAGCAUCUGAACCCAGACUUCCCGAAAAACUUGAGCAUCCCGAGAUUGGUUCCGAUGAUGCCGUGAUGGCAGCUAUAAGAGCGGUCACUGGUGGCGCAAGGUGGUCCAAAUCUGAAAUAUCCUCUGCCGCAGGGAAAGUUGACACUGUAUCGUCAGGAGGACCCCUUCCAUUAACAGGGGCCAAUCAUCAGUUGUCAGAGCACGUUGUCGAAGGGGUCAAAGAUGAAGAAAACAACAUCUCAGCAUUAGGAGUGCCGGGUUCGACUUCGGAAAUAAAUCCUGGUUCUGAUGGUGACGCUGUGGUCGUUGGUAAAGUGGUCGCUAAAGCAGCCGCUUUAGCUGCUGGACAAGAGGGCGACUCAGCGGAUGCACUACUUUCGCCCUCGGGAAAGCGCAAGGCAGAGAGGCUGAAGAAGGCAAAACUUUUCGCCGCGAUGAUAAGAGAGGGAACUGCAAGUUUAUUGCAAAGUGGGCAGGAGUCUGGAUCUCAUGGAGUAUCUGCUUCACCUAGCGUGGAGAAAUCCAGUCAAGCUGGUCUUUGCAUGGAUGUCUACUCCAAGGACAGUGUUUCUGAUAAAGUUCAAAGCACUCCGGCAACCAUGAAGGUUUCUGGAGAUACAUGCGACGAAGAGUCUCUUGGAAUUAGGGAACAGACUGGCGACGCUCUUGUACCCUACGCAUAUGUCGAAGACGACAUGCAACACCCAAAUGAAAGUGGGAAGGAGAGGAAGGUCGGGUCAAAAGAAGCUGACGAGAAGUACAGAAAGCAUCACAGGAAAAGAAAGUCUUAUCACGAUGGAGACGAUAGAAGAAAAGAAAGCAAGGACGAUUCGGACACGGAGAGGAGAAGAGACCGGAGACAUUAUCAGAAUCAAGAGGAAAAGUAUAGGGGUCGUGAUCACGAUGGUGAGAGAAAAACCAGGGACAAAAGUGGGUAUAACACGAAAAGGAAGGCCGGUGAGGAUGAAUAUAGGGAUGUUCCAGGAGAAGAGAGGAAGGACUUGAAAGAAUCCAGGAAGGAUAGAAGAUACCGUCAUGACGCUGACAGUAAGAGAGAAGCGCGACGUGGAUAUGAGUUUGAAGAGAUUUCUCGGCAUGACGAUGGACAUGGACACGAAGUAGAAGGGAAGUAUAGAAGUAGUAGGCAUAGAUGUAGAAAUGGUUCGGAGGAUAAGAGGCCUGACGGAAAACAUGAGUACAGCAAUGAGAGGAGGAAGGAGAGCGAAUAUGACCAUGAUUCAGAGGAGAAGCAGAAUGACCGUAGACAUAGGGAAGAUCCAGAUGAGAGAAGAGAAAGUCAACAUAGACACGGGUCAGAUGAACGAAGGAAAGAUCGAAGACACAGUCACGGAAAGAAGAAAAAGCAAAAGGACGAUCACCUUCGUGACGUCAGUGGAGGUGAAGAUAAUGGUGAUGAGAAACACGUACAUAAGAGGAGUAGAAGACACCGGCAAGAGUUAGAAAUUGACAGUACCCAUCCUCACAGUGGAAAACACACCACUCGCGGUCGAGAUAAGGCAGAUGACAGGACGCACAGAGAAACAGGAUCAGAGAAACAUCAUGAGGUGGUCAUUCCGUUACAGAAUGAUGCUCGAACAGAGCCAACCUCGAGAGAAUUACCUUCCACGCUUGUUGAUGUGCCUGACGAUAUCAGGGCCAAGGUCAGAGCAAUGCUUGCUCUGAUUUAGUGAAUAUUCUUCCUGCCAUUUAUAGCCCCUCAUGUUGCCUGUUGUACAUUACCAUUCAAGCUAGUUCAGUUUAGUCCUGAACUUCCUUCGUCAAGCAAAAAGCUCUCUUUUUGCAAUAAGAAACUUUUUUCGAGUCCUCUGCAGUUGUUAACAUCUGAAUUCAUUGCUCAUGGGCGCUGCAUUCCAUAAGUAUUUCCGUAAGAUGUAGAGUUUCAGCUUUCUGAUGUGUUAAACUCCAGAAACAUGUCGUGAGCCCAUCCGUUAGUUGUUAGUUAAUUGGCUGUAGGUUAGGCGGCCGUUUGUCCAUUUUUAGAAGUAGCUGAUACAGGGUUGGCUACGUGUAUCCUGAAAUCUAUUAGCCAAGGAAAGAAGUUGGUCUUCUUUGCAAUAUAUCUGGUCAGCUCAGAUUACUUCCUGUAGUCCUUGACAGUUGAUUGAGACUGCUUACUGGUCGAGAUUAUGAGAAGUUUGGCUGUGUGAGUCGUGAGGCCGAAACCGUUUGAAAUACUGGUGAGUGUGGAGUGCUUUGUCAAUUAUCUAUGCAACUGUUGGAUCCUUGCUGUUCUUUGUUGGAAUAAACUGUAUUAUUAACCA